AUGUCCCCCUGGUGCCUACGUUCCACCAAUCACGUCCCCAAGGCGCCUACGUUCCACCAAUCACGUCCCCGCGACGCCUACGUUCCACCAAUCACCUCCCCCCAGCGCCUCUCUUCCACCAAUCACGUCCCCGCUGCUGCCUCGGUGGCUGACCACGCCUCGCUCCGUUGCGGUGACUUUCCCGGGGCAUCGCCCCCUCGGCUGGUGCAGGGGUCCCCGAUCUCGCGGGGACCAGUCGCCUCGCAGGGCGCCCUCGACCAGGCCUGCGUGCGAGGAGAAAAAAAAGUGCCGCUUCUUCCCACCCCACGCGGCUCGGGGGCCGCCCGGCGCCGUCCGGAUGCCCAGGAGGGGCUUUGCUACGAGGACUUCGGGGCCGGCAAGUGCAAGGAGUUCCUGGGGGAGGACGUGUCCAAGGAGGACUGCUGCCAGAACCCCAACUACGGGUACCGGCCCCGCGCCGGGGCACCGUGCCAGUCCUGCCGCCAGGCCGAGUGGAGCGACUGGACGCCGUGGAGCCCCUGCUCCGUGUCCUGCGAGGAGGGGGUGCAGAGACGCAGCCAGGCCUGCCUGGGGCAGGGCCAGUGCUCGGGGGGCCCGCGGAAGAGGUGGGAGAUACAAGCCUGCAGCCUGAAGGAUUGCUGCCCGGUGAUGGGGGGCUGGUCGGCCUGGGGCCCCUGGAGCUCCUGCUCCGUCACGUGUGCCGAGGGGGUGAAGAAGCGCGUCCGAAGAUGCACCGAGCCGGCGCCCAUCUGCGGGGGCUCCUGCCCUGGCCCCGACUCGGAAACAAUGGCCUGUGACACCAACAAGAUCUGCCCCACUCAUGGUAACUGGGGCAGUUGGGGGCAAUGGGGUCCUUGUUCUGCCACAUGCUCUCCGGAGGAUGUGAGGCCGAAGCCCCAGCAGCGUCGCUGGCGGGUUUGCAACAACCCCCUGCCUUCCGUCAUCCCUCUCGGACUCCCCUGCAUUGGAUCCACCAGUGAGGACCAGUCGUGCCCCGGGCUGCCCUUCUGCCCAGUGGACGGUGGCUGGAACAACUGGGAGACAUCCAGCCCCUGCUCGGUGACCUGUGGCCUGGGCCGGGUAACGCAGAAGCGUCUUUGUAACAACCCAGCUCCACGGCAUGGUGGGAAGGCCUGUCUUGGCCUCAAUACCCGGUCACAUUUCUGCAACACCAAAAUACCCUGCCCAGUGGACGGGCGCUGGUCGGAGUGGGGGGAGUGGUCCACUUGCACCCGGCCGGGUUACCACCGGGAGCAUCAGCUGCCGGGAGAUCGUGGGGCAGCAGAGGCGGACGCGGGAGUGCAAGGGGCGCAGCCCCGAUGGGAAGCGCUGUGA